UGUCAAACUAACUGAACGCAAAAGCAAAGAAGUUUUCGCUUGUCAUCAUCAAUAGUUUACUUUAUUUCAAUAAAUUUACAAUGGCUCUCGAAACAUUAUGCCGUUUGGAUGACAAAAUCAAUUUGAAGCCCGCUGACUCGCUCGCUUCCUUCCAGAACGAUGUUAUUGGAUACACAGGCAACUUCUUCGCCAGCACUCAACUCGCAGCCCCGCCGUUCCCAAACCCUGCACAGACGCUAGCUAGCUUCAACCGGAAAGAUGAGACUGGACGUGAAAUCAAAAUCAACUUUGACCACGGUACCACCACUCUGGGUUUCCGCUACAAGGGUGGAGUGCUGCUGGCCGUGGACUCCCGAGCCACUGGUGGCCAGUUCAUCGGCUCUCAGACCAUGAAGAAGAUUGUGGAGAUCAAUGACUACUUGCUUGGUACCCUGGCCGGAGGCGCCGCCGACUGCGUGUACUGGGACCGAGUGCUGGCCAAACAGUGCCGUCUGUACGAGCUGCGCAACCGCGAGAGAAUCUCCGUGGCCGCCGCCAGCAAGCUCAUGGCCAACAUGGUGUACAACUAUAAAGGCAUGGGGCUCAGCAUGGGUAUGAUGCUGGCUGGCUACGACAAGAGGGGCCCCCAACUGUACUACGUGGACAGCGAAGGCACCCGCACCACCGGCAAGGUGUUCUCCGUGGGCUCGGGGUCCGUCUACGCGUUCGGUGUGCUCGACUCGGGGUACCAUUGGGACCUCAGCGACGUGGAAGCACAAGAGCUCGGCCGGCGCGCGAUCUACCACGCGACGCACCGCGACGCGUACUCGGGCGGCAUCAUCCGCGUGUACCACAUGAACCAGGACGGCUGGGUCAACAUCUCCAACGAGGACUGCUCCGAGCUGCACUACAAGUAUCAGGCCGAGAAGGGGUUGAAGGAGUAAUAAAUUGUGAUUUUUAAUUA